AUGGAAGCCGCCCCUCUGACUCUGGCACACACUCACGCGCGAAAUGCAUCACUAGAAACGAAGCGUUCCAACCCAGUCGCAGCAAGCGAGGAACAUGAUCUGGCCGCCACCGAGUUUGCCCUCGCUGCAAAGGGCUCCUCCGACCAGGAAGCAAUCCGCAUCCUGAACCUCCUUGAGCAACAUCACAAGAAGUUGGGUGAAAUCCUGAAGUCAGCUCACGAGAACCCAGCAACCGAAGACAUAGAAAAACAUGCAGAUUCACCUAGUGCCGACGCGGCAAAACCGCACGAGCCCAGCACCCAUCCACCCCGAUUACCUCGUUCUGCUCGAGCCAGUAACCGCCAACUCUCUUCAUCGAUAGCCAGCGAAUUGGCCACUGCGAGAGGUAUCCCAAGAAGCCACCAAAAGCGCUCAGUUCCGAUCUCGCCACUUGUAUCCAACCAGCAUGCCGACGGACACAUGUCUCAGGACUCGACGCAACCGAAGAAGCCAGCAUCUCCAACGCCGGGUCAGUCCACACGACCAUCGUGGGCCCCUCCGCUUCAAAAGUCUGACGAGAGUGAUACUGCAGCCUCGGACCCAAGCGAUUCACCCUUUGCACUCUUCUACAACACAUUUGAGAACAUUGUGUCCAAGAUGAGCGCACCUUUGGCUUUUGCUGGUCUUCCUCUCGCACAAGCCGCUCCCGAAAAACCAGCACCAGAGUCAAAACCCUUACCCUCCAAGGCAUCUAAAGGCCCCAAGGAGAAAGCCAUGGACUACUCUCAUCUCAUCUCCAACGCCGCUUUCCGUGCUGUAGCUUCAAAUCCAAAUACACCAGAUCCAGUCCCAGCACGUGCCCGCAUCGAAGAUUCGUUCUACCACGUCCCAACGGCGGGCGGCACCAUGUCCUACGCUGAGAUGCUCUCACGUGCUGACCGCGACGAAGCGCGCACUUUCCGCGGCCACAAUCGACAAACCUCAAACCUUAGCAACAUCAGCGAGGAUGAUUUUGUUGAUGCCUCAUCCACCAUUUUGGCCGAUCGCAAGAGCGUCACCGGCCCGCCACGGACCCGUCGCGGGAUGACCGACGAGCGGAAAGUCGAUGGAAAAACCAUGGAAGAGCUCGCACUGGAGAACGCAGCCCUCAAACACGUUACGGACACGCUCUCCCGCCGUCUCCAUGUCUUCGAAAUGUCAUCGCAGACCUCGACCGCUGCACUCGCACAGUCCAUCCGCUCCAUGCCACGCUCUCCACUAAUGACACCCACCACCUCCCGCAAUAAGCCAUCUGGCACCAGCGACGCACCAGACUCCAGUGCAGGGACGGACGAAAGGACGCAGAAACGCAUCGGCGAACUCGAGGAUAUCCUAAGAAAGUCCGAUACUCGCGCCAAGAAGAAGGAGGCGGAGAACGAGAAGUUGCGAGCCACGGUGGAGCGAUACCGCGACAAGUGGGACAGUUUGAAGGCCGGCGCAAAGGCCCGGAGAGAGCAGCAGAACAAGGCGCGCCGAGAAAGCGAGGUCCUGCCUGAGGAGCCGGGCGAGGGCUGA